AACUAAUCCGAUGCGUUAUCUACUUGAGCCAAUUCAAGUUCAUUUAAGAUCAUUAUUCACAUUUAUCUCUGACAAUACGCAAAGAUAUUUCUUGAAUGGUGCAGUAAAACUGUUGGAUGCAGUGCAAUCGUCAAGAGCUUGCAGAAUGCCAAAGGAAAUUGUGAUUGUUGGAGCAGGUGCAGCUGGUAUUGCUGCUGCCUCGAGACUAUUGCAGAGAGGAGUAAAUGAUUUUGUAAUAUUAGAGGCUAGUGAUAGGAUCGGUGGCAGAAUAUAUACCAAAGACUUUGGUGAAAAUGUGGUAGAUCUCGGAGCUCAAUGGGUUCAUGGAGAAUCUGGAAAUGUAGUGUUCGAGCUUGCCUCCAAACAUGAUCUACUAGGUUCAUUUGCAGUUCUGUACGAUUCUAACAAACAUGAAUUUGUCACCAUUAAUGGUGAAGUAAUGCCCAAUGAUGAAAGUAGCAAAGCUCUGAUGAUUUAUUAUAAUAAUUUGAACAAAAUGAAACAGAAAGAAUUUAAAGAGGAAAGAGGAUCAUUUGGAGAUUUCUUCAUAAGAGAAUAUUAUAAAGCUUUUGAUACAAAUCCUUUCACAAAUCGUGCUCGAGUUGCUGAAUAUUUAUCUUGGAUAGAAAAAAUGGAAAAUUCUAUACAAUGUAGCGACACAUGGUUCGAUAUUUCCGCGAAACGUUUGACAGAAUAUCGAGAAUGCGAGGGUGAUCUUGUGUUGGAUUGGAAAAACUACGGUUAUAAAACAAUUUUUGACCUGUUAUUGCAAAAUAUUCCAAAUUCAGAGGAAUGUUUGCCAGUAAUGGAAAAGAUAGAGUUCGGAAAAGUUGUGGCAACUAUCAAUUAUAGCUCAGGCGAGAAUGCAAUGAUUAUUACCAAAGACGGAUGCGAGUAUUCCGCAUCGCAUGUUAUAUUCACUGGGUCUCUAGGUGUUUUAAAGGAAAAACAUUCCUCGAUGUUCGUGCCACCUUUGUCGCAGAAGAAACAACGCGCGAUAGAGGGAUUAAAUAUUGGCACAGCGAACAAGAUUUUUCUCGAAUUUCCGCACAGAUGGUGGCCGGAGGAUAAAGUCAGUUUUAAUUUUAUCUGGCCGGAAAAAGAUAAAAAAGAAUUCUUGCAAACUCAUGGUCAAAAUUGCGAGUGGUUGUGUGAUGUGUUUUCCUUUUUUAUCGUGGCUCAUCAGCCGAAUCUUUUAUGUGCUUGGAUAGUUGGAAAAAAUGCGAGACACAUGGAAACCUUAUUGGAUACUGACGUAUUCAAUGGAUUAUAUUUAUUGUUAAAAAAAUCAUUUGAGAAACGUUAUAAUAUUGUGAAGCCAACGAGAAUAUUAAGAUCUAAAUGGUAUACUAAUGAACAUUUUCGGGGCUCAUAUAGUUUUCUAAGCAUGCUUUCCGAGCAUCUGAAUGUAACACCGAGAGAUUUAGCAGAGCCAAUUAUGACUGGAAUUAAACCUGUAAUCCUUUUCGCUGGAGAAGCUACGCAUGAUCAUUAUUAUUCUACUGUGCACGGUGCCGUGGAAAGUGGUUUCCGUGAAGCGGAUAGACUAAUUGAUUUUAAAAGAACGUACAAUCACUUAGAUCAACUGAUUGACGACUUCGACGAAGCAUUGCGGAUAAAGAUUGAUACGAGUGCAAGAAAAAUAGAAAAGACGAGAGUUGUAAUAGUAGGGGCGGGAAUUGCAGGAUUGGCGGCGGCAAAAACUCUGGAAGAUGCAGGAUUUAUGGAUUAUCUUCUUCUCGAAGCUCAAGACACAGUUGGAGGAAGAAUUCAUUCUAUUCCAUGGGAUAAUGGCUGGAUAGAUUGCGGGGCACAAUUCCUGCAUGGUGAUAAAAGCAGGCUUGCUCAAUACUGUCUUAACAAUGAUUUAUUAUCGACAAUUCAAGGAACGGACGGUGACGGAAUUUUCUUACGCGAUGACGGAAUGAUAAUGAGCGACAGCUUGGUUCGUGAAGUCGAUGAUUUCGUACGAACUGUCUUGGAUGAUAUCUGCGAAUCUCAAAAGCCUUUGAAAAAGAAGGAGAAUAUCGGUUCUGUCAUGAGAAAUAGGUUUAAGGAUUAUUUACAUGAGCGAAAUGAUCCUCUAGUGGAAAGGAAGAUGAAGGAGGAAAUCUUUGAUUGGAACGUGCGGUUUCUCCUGGUGGAUAAUUGCUGCCACUCGUUAGACGAUUUGUCAGCAGUUCUUUGGGGAAAGUUCAAGUACGUUGGCGGACCGGAACAUUUGCUCUUCAAAUCCGGCUACAGUUCUUUAACAAAUCUUAUCGUUGACAAUCUGGAUAAACGAAAAAUACGUUUAUCCACUCCUGUGGAGAUUAUUCACUGGCGGAACUUCAUUGACUCUCCAAAUGAUUCUCCAGUUAUCGUGAAAACUUUCGAUGGCACUGAAAUUCUCGCUGAUGCGGUCAUAGUUACUUGUUCGCUUGGCUAUUUGAAGAGUAACCAUCAGAACAUGUUCCAACCGCUAUUACCAAAUCGUCUAAGCAUUGCUAUUGAGGAUCUUGGUUUCGGAACGAUUAAUAAGAUUUUUCUGGACUUUGGUGAACCCUGGUGGCAAAGAGGUGUGAACGGUUUUCAAUUGCUUUGGCGCAGGGAUGCCGAUCACUCAUCUUUGCCGGAAUGGACCAAGUAUGUCACAGGAUUCGAUGUUCUGCCGAUUCAUGCAGCCACUCUUAUAGUGUGGGUCGGCGGGCAAGGGGCGUGUAUCAUUGAAGAAUUGUCAGAGGAAAUAAUUGCGGAAGAUUGUAUGAGUCUGUUGACGCGAUACGUACGGUAUCGCGAUAUCCCGCCAAUCAGAAGAUGCGUUCGAACUAAGUGGAACGAGAAUAGAUACGUGAGAGGCGGUUACAGUCACAUUACGAAAAGUUGUGAGGAGGAUGAUGUUUCCCCAAAGAUAUUGACCGAACCAGUCUGGACGACAAUGCAUAUUGAUAUGAAGAGGAAAAAGAAUCUACCAGUCAUAUUGUUUGCCGGCGAAGCUACGCACGACGAAUUUUAUUCGACGACACAUGGAGCUUACGAGACAGGAAUCCAUCAAGCCGAAGUAUUUUUACAACAUCAUAUGAGCAUUAACAUUUAGUACACCAGCACCAGAUAAUGAUUCUACAGCUUGCACUCCUGCUCCUUC